GUCGGGUAAUGGCGAUGGCGAGUCGUUUGUUUGUGUCUCUGCGGCUGGAAACGUCAGUGUUACUGGAAAAGCACCGAGACACAUGCACAGCAAAGUGAUCGUGUUUCAGUGCACUGACUGUGGAAAGAGACUUAACCAGUUACACAGCCCGAAUAUAAUUCACACUGUUCACAGCGGGGGAAGCGCACUUGCGUCCUGUCUGUGGACGAGGCUUCGACAACUUGAAACAAGUAAAGAUAUCCUUACCAUGGAGAAACCAUGGAAAUGUGGGGACUGCGAGAAGACAUUCCCAUGCCCGUCCAAGCUGGAAAUUCAUCGACGCACUCACACCGGAGAGAGACCCUUCACCUGCUCUGUGUGUGGGAAAGGAUUCACUCAGUCAUCCAACCUAGAAUUACACCAGCGUGCUCACACAGGGGAGAGGCCCUUCAUCUGCUCCGUGUGUGGGAAAGGCUUCAUUUAUUCAUCCAACCUGUUAACGCACCAACGGGUUCACACUGAGGAGAAGCCCUUCAGCUGUGUCUCCUGCGAGAUGAGCUUCAGGUUCCCAUCCAGCCUGCUGAUCCACCAGCGGAUUCACACUGAGGAGAAGCCGUUCAGCUGCGCCGACUGCGGGAAGCGGUUCCGGCACUCUGACAGUCUUGUCGUGCACCAGCGCAUCCACACCGGUGAGAGGCCGUUCACCUGCUCAGAGUGCGGGAAGGGAUUCAUCGAUUCAUGCCAUUUGCUUAGGCACCAGCAGGUUCACACCGGGGAGAGGCCGUUCACCUGCUCCGAGUGCGGUAAAGGAUUCACCCAGUCUUCCACUCUGCUGAGGCACCAGCGAAUUCACACUGGGGAGAGACCGUUCACCUGCACGGAAUGUGGGAAGGGAUUCACCAGCUCAUUCCACUUACUGAGACACCGGCGGGUUCAUACCGGAGAGAGGCCAUUCACCUGCUCCCAGUGUGGGAAGGGCUUCACGACUUCAUCGCACCUACUGAGACACCAGCGGGUUCACACGGGGGAGCGACCUUUCAGCUGUUCCCAGUGUGGGAAGGGAUUCACUACUUCAUCCCACCUAUUGAGACACCGGCAAAUUCACGCCAUCGAGAGGCCAUGCAAAUGCUGGGACUGUGGGAAAGGGUUCAGUUACCCCUCCGAGCUGGAAGCCCACCGCCGCAGUCACACUGGGGAGAGGCCAUUCACCUGCCCUGCCUGUGGGAAGGGCUUCACCCGAUCUUGCAACCUGCUGACCCACCAGCAGGUUCACAGCGGGCGCAGGCCAUUCACCUGCUCCGUGUGCGGGAAUGGGUUCAUUCGGAUCUCCCACCUGCUGCAGCACCAGCGCAUCCACACCGGGGAGAGGCCGUACACCUGCUCCGAGUGUGGCAAGGGCUUCACUCAGUCCUCUGAUCUGCUGAAACACCAGCGGGUCCACACUGGGGAGAGGCCGUUCACCUGCUCUGAGUGCGGGGAGCGAUUCACACAGAUCUCCCACCUGCUGAGGCAUCAGCGAGCUCACACGGGUGAGAGGCCUUUCAAAUGCCCCAUUUGCGAGAAGCGAUUCACUCAGGCUUCCAGUCUGCUGAGGCACCAGCGAGCCCACGCUGGGGAGAAGCCCUUCAUCUGCUCGCUGUGUGAAAAGGGAUUCGCCGAGUCAUCGAUGCUACUGAGGCACCAGCGGGUGCACACAGGGAAGUGGUCAUUCACCUGCUCCGUAUGUGGAAGAGUUCACACAUCGCUGCAGUGCUCUGACUCCGCAGUUAUCGCCGCUGUUCGUCAGAUUCAGGACUGACCCCGUUCAUCUUGACA